UCUGCCCCCUCUCAGGGCCAAGAGCAGUGUGUUCGUUCAGAAGGAAACACUUGUUUAUAUCCUUGGAGGAGAAAAACAUCUACAGCCAGGGACGCAGGAGAGCCUUCUGAAAGGGGCAGCCUGGAGAUGGCUAAUUACACAGUGGCCCCAGAGGAUGAUGAGUAUGAUGUCUUCAUCCAGGACGACGCGGGGAGCGGCGACGAGGAACAGCGUCACCCACACGAGGCAGAGCUCCUGACGGCCCACCAGCUGCUGCCCCUGUGCUCAGCGUUGUUUACAGUCGGUUGCCUGGACAACGUCUUGGUUCUGUUCAUCCUGAUAAAAUACAAAGGACUCAAGGCCGCGGGCAAUAUCCAUUUUCUCAAUCUGACCAUCUCUCAUCUGUGCUUUUUGCUUCCCCUGCCAUUCUGGGCUCAGGCCGCUGCACAUGGGGGACAUCCUGGCAAGCCCGUGUGUAAAGUUCUCCUUGGGCUCCAGUCGACCAGCUUACAGGGCGGGGCGCUUUUCAUUAUUUUUCUUGUUAUGGAAGCGUGCCAGGGAUGCUUCCACACGAACCGAUGGUCCUCAGCCCUCAGGACGGUGCCUGGUGGCAUCAUUACGAGCAUCCUGGCUUGGACUGUGGCUAUUCUGGUCACUUUGCCUGAAUUUGUGUUUUAUGAACUUCCGAUGGAUUGGCAGAAAUACAAGUGUGCCUUCAGCAAACCUUCCUUCCUUCCAGGUGAAGAGCCAUUCUGGAAGCAUUUUCUCACUUUAAAGAUGAAUGUUUUGGUACUUCUUUUCCCACUGUCUAUUUUCAUAUUUUGCUCUGUGCAAGCGAGGAAAACACAGAGCUUCAGAGAGAGACAUUAUGACCUCUGCAAGCUUGUUUCUGUCAUUAUGGGUGUCUUCCUUUUGAUGUGGGCACCGUACAAUGCUGCCCUCUUCCUGUACGCGUUCCAGGAGCAUCUGUUCCUGCAGGACCAGAGCAGCUAUAGCUUGGACACAAGUGUCCAGGUCACCAAGAUCAUCGCCAGCACUCACUGCUGUGUCAACCCUCUCCUCUAUUUGCUUCUUGACAAGGACUCUAGGAAAUACCUCUGCGGUCUGUCCUCACUAUGUAAAGACAUUCCAUUUCAGCCCAGUGUCCACUCUGAUGUGCCAAGGGAAGGUCACGAUCAAUCCACUCAACUAUAA